GUUUGAGCCUUUUCAAACCUCAUUCCACCUAGAAUCUAUGCGAAUCAGCCCACCUGCAUGAAGGCAUCGUAAAAACCACGCCAGAUUCGCGACUGUUUAGCAGGUCGUGACACGAUCCUGAUCUACAGUAUCUUGGCUGCAGAAGCGCUUUUUUCAAAUAGAGCUAAUCUUCGUAAUCAAAUUUCGCCGAAAGUUGCGUCUGCAAGAUGGCAGAUGAUCAACCUUUCGAAGGACGAGUGAAGUUGAACGUAGGCGGGACUAUAUUCGAAACUUCGCUAUCCACUCUGACAAAAUACAGCGGUAGUAUGUUCUCUGCCUUGGUCGCUGACCGCUGGCAGCAACAGGAGGAGCUGUUCAUUGACAGGAACUCGACUUACUUUGCAAAAGUACUCGACUACCUAAGAGAUGGAGAAUACGUAGUUCUACCGGAAGACUAUGUCUCUUUGAAAUGUCUUCGAAGAGAAGCUGAAUUUUACAACUUGCCUGGCCUUGUCGAACUAUGCUCUUCCAAACUGCUGGAAAAGCACAAACAUCCAUCCUGUGGCGAGCGCGUAAAAAUCAAUGUUGGUGGGGUUGUUUUUACAACCUCUUUUACAAGUGUCAACAGCGUGAAAGAUAGUUUGCUUUCCGCUAUGGUUGCUGAUCGUCAGCAAAAAGAGGAAGAGGUGUUCAUUGAUAGGGACCCAACACACUUCGCAAAGGUACUGAAUUACCUAAGGGAAGGAGAAAGGUUCCUCCCUCCUUCAGAUGAUGACACCCGCGAAAGUCUACGAAGCGAAGCUGAGUUCUAUAAUCUACCGGAUCUUGCACAAAUGUGUGCAUGCCAUGCAGGGGAUGUAGUAAAGUGGACGACGAGGGCUAUCACCACAUACGCUUUGAUUCCUUAUACAAGCGGAAAUUACAAAUGCAUCAACUGCAAUCUUAUUGCAUAUAAAGGAGAACGAACAUAUAUUGCUGUGAAUACAAAUCUGAGAUCAGAGCAGACGCCUCCAUUAGGAAGCGACUGGGCUUUCACCAAAGGACGAGUGAUGGCGGUCAACAGCAUCUGUUGCCGCGUGAAAUUCACGGAUAACUGGGGAGAAUUUGAUGUUCACGCUCCGAAAUCAGCGCUGCAUCUGGCGAAUUCCAGAUAGUUUUCUGAUUUUCGUUAGUUUGUCACUCUUGUUAUUUCUAACUGUUACUCUAUUCUUUUCUUUCAUUCUAGCUAUGUGUGGAUAUCGAUUUUUCUUAUCGUUAGUCAUUUUAUGUUAUGAAUUUCCCGACUAUUGAAGACCGCCAUUUUCGUAGUAUCGAAUUGAAUCAAUAAUAGUUUGUGUACGGAAUACAUUUUUGUAAGAUCUAUCGUCCAUUCCACUAAUGCCUCUUCCACUGCUUUGCGUCUCGACCUG